GAGUAGCUGCCCGGGCGCCGAAGGUUGCGGCGCUCCAACUCGGACCCCGAAGUCCGCAGCCCGGGGAUGGGCCCGCGGCCGCGAGGUGCAGCUGGGAGAGUGAGAUCAGAGACCACAGCGGAUCGUGGCGCUGUGAUCAGGGGAUACACUCAAGCUGUGGGUCCCUUAGCCCAGCCUUGGGUCCCAGGAAGGCCUGCAGCCUGAAAGGGACCUUGAAAGGUACAUUGUUCCUCUGAAAAGCAUCGUCCAGGUCAGAAUGACAGGAAUCUCUCUGUGUAGACCGCUGUAUGUGGGACCUUUGAAGACAGUCAAAUAGUGUUCAAUUCUAUAGGGAUCUUCUCUGGAUCAAGCAAUGGUGGUGAAAAAUGUUUCGCAAAGGCAAAAAACGACACAGUAGUAGCAGUUCCCAAAGUAGUGAAAUCAGUACUAAGAGCAAGUCUGUAGAUUCUAGCCUUGGGGGUCUUUCACGAUCCAGCACUGUGGCCAGCCUCGACACAGAUUCCACCAAAAGCUCAGGACAAAGCAACAGUAAUUCAGAUACCUGUGCAGAAUUUCGAAUAAAAUAUGUUGGUGCCAUUGAGAAACUGAAACUCUCUGAGGGAAAAGGUCUUGAAGGACCCUUGGACCUGAUAAAUUAUAUAGAUGUUGCUCAGCAAGAUGGAAAGUUGCCUUUUGUUCCUCCGGAGGAAGAGUUUAUUAUGGGAGUUUCCAAGUAUGGCAUAAAAGUAUCAACUUCAGAUCAAUAUGAUGUUUUGCACAGGCAUGCUCUCUACUUAAUAAUCCGGAUGGUGUGUUAUGAUGAUGGUCUAGGGGCAGGAAAAAGCUUACUGGCUCUGAAGACCACAGAUGCAAGCAAUGAAGAAUACAGCCUGUGGGUUUAUCAGUGCAACAGCCUGGAACAAGCACAAGCCAUUUGCAAGGUUUUAUCCACUGCUUUUGACUCUGUAUUAACAUCUGAGAAACCUUGAAUCCUGCCAUCAAGUAGAAGUCAACUUCAUCUGAAAGUUCAGUUGUUUUCAAUCUGCAAUACUGAACUGUUACGGAAAUAACGAAGUCAUCAUCCCUUGCUCUGGAUUUUCUGAAGAAAAUGCAUUGUGUAAAAUGCUGAUCAUUUGUUUAUUAAAAUGUGUCACAUUACACAGUGAGUUAACUCCUCUCAAUGUAGUCAUA